CCUCCUCCUUCAAAUACAAUUAUUAAUUUGAUAUCAAUCUCCUCCUUCCUCCCUACAGAAAAUCACCAAUGCAGUCCAUUACUAUUCUGUUGUUCAUUCCGACUCUUCUUCUGGCUUCUUGCUGUGCUCUCAAGGAGGGACAAACAUGCAUUAACGACGGUAACUGCAACUCCGGAUUGCUCUGCGCCACCUGCUUGGCCAGCGAAAAUCCGCGACCCAGAUGUACCAGAAUCCACCCUGUCAACCCUACUUCAAAGGUUAAGGGGCUGCCCUUCAACCGGUACUCCUGGUUGACUACGCACAACUCGUUUGCAAGGGUGGGGCAUAGAUCGGAGACUAGGUCUGUGGCUCUGUCUCCGACGAAUCAGGAAGAUACAAUUACCGAUCAGCUGAAUAAUGGUGUCAGAGGAUUUAUGCUCGAUAUGUAUGAUUUCAAGAAUGACAUCUGGUUGUGUCACUCCUUUGGAGGAAAAUGUUACAACUAUACAGCAUUUCAACCUGCAGUUUAUGUUCUGAAGGAAAUUCAGGCAUUUCUUGAAGCAAACCCAUCCGAAAUAGUCACCAUUAUGAUUGAGGACUAUAUUACAUUGCCAAAUGGCCUGACUGAAGUGUUUGAUGCUGCUGGCCUGAAGAAGUACUGGUUUCCUGUGUCUCGAAUGCCAAAAAAUGGUGGAGAUUGGCCAACAGUCGAUGACAUGGUCCAAAAGAAUCAACGUUUGUUGGUUUUCACUUCAAAGUCAGACAAGGAGGAUUCUGAAGGAAUAGCACAUCAAUGGAGAUACAUGGUAGAAAACCAAUAUGGAGAUGGUGGGAUGCACGAUGGUUCGUGUCCAAACCGUCCAGAAUCACUUGCUAUGAGUAUGACAUCAAGGUCACUGGUUUUAUUGAAUUACUUUCCUGAUUCACCAGACUUAACCCAAUCCUGCAAGCAUAAUUCUGCUCCGUUGACUAGCAUGGUAAACACAUGUUAUGAAGCAGCUGGUAAACGAUGGCCUAACUUCAUUGCUGUGGAUUUUUACAAGAGGAGUGAUGGUGGGGGUGCACCAGAAGCUGUAGAUAUGACAAACGGUCAACUAGUUUGUGGAUGCAAUGACAUUGCCUAUUGCAAGGAAAAUAUGAAAUUUGGAGCAUGUGAAUUAUCUGAGGCAGGCAUUGCACCUCAUUUGAAUGGUGGACCAAUUCAACUAUGGUGGUUUCUUUGCAUGGUUUUAGUGGCAAUCCUAUUGCAACGCUCCUGACAGCUUGUGCCACUUUUCUGCCAUAUUUGACCGAGGACAAAAAGGGUAUUUCCAAGUUCUAACCUUUUAUGGCAGAAGUGCAACAUUUUUGUUUUUUACUUGGAAAUUAGAUAUUCAGAGUUUCAGUACAGAUUGGUCCAAGACUUAACAUGUAAGUGCUAUCAAUUUUUAAUAAUGAUUUUCAGGUAUA